UGUUUUUGAUAAUUAUUUUAAAUUUAAUUAGUUCUUUGUUGCUAUUUAACAACCUUGACCUCUUGAGACGAAACAUCAACACAUAAUUGCGAUAAUACCAUUAAAACUGAUUCAUCAAAUAAACUCCCUUCGUGUUUUCAUUACAUCAUCAUUGUAACAAAGUAAUGCAAAAGCGAACCAUGGAUAUAGGUUCCAUUUUUUCGCAACUACAACAUUAUUUACCAUCAUUAUGGAUUAUUUAUUGCUUAGUUUUGUUGUUAAUUGUGUACAAACUUAUUCGGGGUUUUAAUGAAAUGAGAUAUCUUAAAAAAAUUCCAGGUGCAAAAGGUUUUCCAAUUGUUGGUGAUACAAAAUUAAUUUCACAAAAACCCGCCGAUUUAUUUCAAACUUUACGAGAUUACGCAAAAAUUUACAACCCAAUUUUUAAAUUAACCGUUGGUUUUUCUUCCGUGAUUGUUUUAACUUCACCGGAUGAUAUCGAAGCGAUUAUUUCGCAAAUGAAAAAUUUACAAAAAGGAACGGUUUAUAUCCCGUUAAAUAAUUGGCUGGGUGAAGGGUUGUUGUUAAGUAACGGGGCGAAAUGGCAGCACCGCAGGAAAUUAUUAACCCCAACGUUUCAUUUUACCAUUUUAAAUCAAUACACAAAAAUUUUCAUCGAUGAGAGCAAGAAGUUAAUUAAUAGCAUUGAAAAAUUAAACAACGAAUCGAUCGAUGUUUUAUCUGUAAUCACCGACUUUACUUUGCAAUCAAUUUGCGAAACCGCGAUGGGUACAAAAUUAGAAGAAAUUCGAUCUGGGGAGAAAUAUAAAGAAGCUAUUUACACAACGGGCAAUUUAACAGUUGAUCGAUACGUUACUCCGUGGCAACAUAAUGAUUUUUUACAUAAAUUAACUCCGAAUUAUUGGAAAACUCGUUCCAUUUUAAACUAUCUCCAUAAAUUUACAUCGAACGUUAUAAAAAAUCGCGAGUCUUCAUUUAACUUGAACGACAUCAUACAAAAAGAGAACAAAAUUGAGUCAAGAAAACGUUUGGCAAUGCUCGAUUUGUUAUUAUUAGCGAAAUUAAAAGGGAAUAACAUCGACGAUAAAGGAAUUCAAGAAGAAGUCGAUACUUUUAUGUUCGAAGGACAUGACACGACAGCUGCAAGUGUAACAUUUACCUUAAUGUUAUUGGCUAGUUAUAAAGAUGUGCAAGAAAAAGUGUGCGAGGAAUUAAAAGAUAUUUUAAACGAAACUAAACGUGAUUUUAAUAUGGAAGAUUUAAACGAAAUGAAAUAUUUAGAGCGCGUUAUAAAGGAAUCUUUGAGAUUAUAUCCAAGCGUACCGUUUAUUGGAAGAGUUUUAAGCGAAGAUAUUGAAACACCGAGUGGUUAUUAUUUACCGAAAGAUACAAGCGUUCUUUUAGGUAUUUACGAUAUGCAUCACGAUCCAAAAUAUUAUAAAGAUCCGGAAAAUUUUGACCCCGAUCGAUUUUUAACCGAAAAUGUUAUGGGGAAACACCCAUAUAGUUAUAUUCCUUUUAGCGCUGGACCAAGAAAUUGCAUCGGUCAAAAAUUUGCCAUGCUCGAAAUGAAGGCUGUGAUUGCAACGAUUUUAAGAAAUUUCGAAUUAUUCCCUGUUGAUACACCUGGAACUAUACAAUUACAAACUGAUAUUAUCUUAAGAAGUGUUAAACCGAUUUUGAUUGAUUUCCAAUCGAAAAUGAAUAACUCGUUUUAAUACAGUUACAUUACUUUUUAAUACAUUACUUUUGUACACUUAUCAGAGAUGUCCGAUUAUGAGAAAAAAUACUGAAAUUAAAGUA